AUGCACCCCACUUCGCUUCUGUAUCUCCCCGUUUAUUUAAGCCCUUCUUUUAUCUAUCCCAACUUUCUUAAUCAGUCAUAUUUCUUCCUGCCAUUUAAGGAUUUCUUCACAUUGUUCGUCUUAAAUGCUCUAAUGCUUUCUUUCCUUCUUUUUGUCUAUAUUCUUUCUUCCUUUCUAUUUCCCCUUUAUUCCUUCCGUCUGUUUUCAUUCAAUUCCGUCUUCCUUAUUUCUAUACGUUCUUCUUUUUUUCCUCCCUUUUGUUCAGCAAUUUUUCUUCUUUUUCAUCCUGCUAUUUCUCUUUUAUUAUUUUCUCUCUUCAUACUUAUGUCUCUACCUUUACUUUCGCCAUAUUUUCCAUCUUUCUUUACCUCUUUCUCCUCACAUUCGCCCUGCUUUCAUUUCUUAAUCUUCUUUAGCUUCCUACUAUUUUCUUUGUUCUCUCCUUCCUUCCUUCCUUCCUUCCUUCCUUCCUUCCUUCCUUCCUUCCUUCCUUCCUUCCUUCCUUCCUUCCUUCCUUCCUUCUCGCCUUCCUUCCUUCCUUCUUUCCUUCCUUCUCGCCUUCCUUCCUUCUCUCCUUCCUUCUUUCUCUCCUUCCUUCCUUCUCUCCUUCCUUCAUCCUUCGUUCCUUACUUCGUUCCUUCCUUCCUUCCUUCCUUCCUUCCUUCCUUCCUUCCUUCCUUCCUUCCUUCCUUCCUUCCUUCCUUCUUUUCCUUCCUUCCUUCCUUCCUUCCUUCCUUCCUUCUCUCCUUCCUUCCUUCUCUCCUUCCUUCAUCCUUCGUUCGUUCGUUCGUUCCUUCCUUCUCUCCUUCCUUCCUUCCUUCCUUCCUUCCUUCCUUCCUUCCUUCCUUCCUUCCUUCCUUCCUUCCUUCUCUCCUUCCUUCCUUUUCUCCUUCCUUCAUCCUUCGUUCGUUCGUUCGUUCGUUCGUUCCUUCCUUCCUUCUCACCUUCCUUCCUUUCUUCCUUCCUUGUACAGCUACAUUUUUAACUUAUUAUUUUUCCUCACUCUUCGCGAUCUAUCUAUCUAUCUAUCUAUCUAUCUAUCUAUCUAUCUAUCUAUCUAUUGUGUUCAAAUCUAUCUAUCUAUCUAAUCUAUCUAUCUAUCUAUCUAUCUAUCUAUCUAUCUGUUUUCGCUUAAUUACCUCAUCUAUCUAUCUAUCUAUCUAUCUAUCUAUCUAUCUAUCUAUCACAAUGCAUUAA